AUGAUCGGCGAUAUCUUUUUCAUCUUUAACCGGCUGGUGGAGUUUGUCUUUCUCAUUCCGAUCAUCGGCAUGCUGGUACGUUCACCGAGUCUUCGUAACUCCCCCCCCACAGAUAAAGGCAUCAGCAAGACCAAGAACUGGAAGAUCCGCAAGAUCUCACCCUCGGUAUCUACCCAUGCUAACUCAUACUCUCCCCACUCCCGUCCGGAUCAGGCCUACUUCGUUCAUGGCUACCUCAAUGCCAACAUGCUCACCCCGACCUAUGUCCUGGUCCUGUUUAUCGUCAGCGUCAUCGCCGCCUUCUGGGUGCUCGACACCCUCGUCCGCUUCUCCACCACCAAGCGCUCCGCCUACUUCGUCGCCUUCGUCGACCUGUGCUUCGUCGGCGCCUUUAUCGCCGGGGUCUACGAGCUUCGCUUCAUCGCCAGCGCCAACUGCUCCCACUGGAACGGCGGCUCCGUCUGGGUCUCCCUGGGCCCCUUUGGCGCAUACGGCGCCCAGGUCGACUCCCCCUCGCUGGACGUGAAUAAAACCUGCGCCAUGCUCAAGGCAUCCUUUGCGCUGGGAAUCAUGGAGACCAUUUUCUUCUUCUGGACGGCGUUGCUGGCCCUCUUUAUUCACAAACGGGCCAGGGAGCCGGUGGUCGUCAAGGAGACGACUGUCCGUCGUCGGAGCCAUAGUAGUCGACGUGGUCAUUCCUCGUCGCAUCGUCAUCGCAGCUCGAGCCGAAAACCUCAUUAUGUGGUUUAG